CUCCCACCUGUUGCCGUUCCGGCUGUGUGUGUCCUCUGCUCAGAUCAACCCUCAAGUCUGUGUCUCCUCCUAUCUCACCAUGAGACAUGUACAUGCUUCUCCUCGGGCCACAGUGACCGCUGGCAGCGGGGUGAAGAACACCGUCAAGGGACAUCAGCACUCAAGGGUUGUUGGAGCGCACAGGCAGCGAAUCCCUGAGAGAGAGGUUCCAGCAGCCAGGACAAAGGUGGCAAGGACAAUCAGCCUCCAGCCUCAUGAACGCCAGGCCUUCUACCAGCUCUUGGAUUGUGACAUCGUUCAGCAGUUCCUGUCAAUGGAUGUUUGCCUUAAGAUCUCUGACAAGUAUCUAAUAGCAAUGGUUCUGGCAUACUUCAAACGUGCAGGCCUGCGACUCAGAGAAUAUACAGCAAUGAAUUUCUUUGUUGCUCUAUACCUUGCAAAUGACAUGGAGGAGGAUGAAGAAGAUUAUAAGUAUGAAAUAUUUCCAUGGGCUUUGGGGGACACAUGGCGAGACAGAUACCCCCAGUUUCUACAACUUCGGGACAACUUGUGGGCCAGAAUGAAAUACAGAGCAGUUGUGAGCAGGAGAUGCUGCGAUGAGGUGAUGUCUAAAGAACCCUCUUAUUGGGCAUGGCUCCGUGACCGUCCAGUACACCAUAGUGGUGCACUUAGGAGUUACCUUCGAAAUGAAGAUCUCUUUCCUAAAGGUCCUGGUGUGACUCCAGCCAGCUGUGCUCUAUGCCGCAGGUCCAGCACUGAUGAAUUGGAUACAGUGGCUAGCAGCAACUCCUCACCAGAACCAAACUCAUUUACUUUUUCAAAUGUAGAGUGGCCUCAAGACCACCUAAUCUUGCCUCCACCAAUGCUCCUGGAUCCAGAGUCUGUCUACGAUAUCAACAUGUUUCAGGAACCACUGGUAGGACUGGAGCCAGGAGGGACAAGCCUUGAAUGGUGCCUCUAGCACCUGGCGAAUGCUACUUUCCCACAACCAGUAUACAAGCAAC